AAAAUUGAUUAUUUUGGAGGCGCUGUGAUUCGUGAAAUUGACGAUUUUCGUUUGAUGGAGGGUGGGAGCUACGUUGAAGAAAUAAGAGAAACUUAUUAUUUUUAUGAAUAAAUCAAGAAGAAUGUAAUGAAAUGAUUUUAAUAAAAAUGGAAGAUAUUUCAGUUACUUAAAAAUGAAAGCAUCGCCGCCACAAAUAAUCAAGGAAGCAGAAAGUUUGAAAUCAGCAUUAUCAGGAGAAUCUCAGUCAAGUAAUACAGCUUGGCACAGACGACAGGAAUUAUGCCAACUUUUAGAAUUAGUUUUGUUAACUGAUCUGGAUUAUGCUUUGGAUAAGAAAGUUGAACAAGAUCUUUGGAAUUAUGCUUUCAGAAAUCCAAUUUCAGCAUUUCAAACAAAAGCCAAAGAACAGAAGAAAAAUAUAUAUAAUUUUAACAAUGUAGAGUAUUUUGUACUAAUUUGAUAUAAAUAAUUUUUUUAAUAGUUACUUCAAAAACUCUGUUGUGCAUAUGAUAUUGAACUUCCGUGCCAUCCUAAAGAUUCAACAUUUGGACUUAGAGAAGAAUGGAAAAAAAAGCAACCAGUCUUAUCAAAUCCUAGAAAGUCUUCAAUUCUUUACAUCUGUCAGCAUUGCUUGGUGCAUCUUGGAGAUAUUGCACGAUAUCGAGGACAGUCUUUACAAGCAGAGACGUUUUAUCGGCAUGCGGUAGAACUUGUACCAAGUAAUGGCCAACCGUACAAUCAAUUAGCUAUUUUAGAAGCUGCCAGUGGAGAAAAGUUAUCUACUGUAUUCUUUUAUGUAAGAAGUCUAGCUGUUCAACAUCCUUUCCCUGCAGCAGCCACAAAUUUACAGAAAUUAUUCUCUAAAAUGCUUUCUGAUGGAAAUUCAUUUGAAGGAAAAGCAAGAAUGUCUGCUUUUGAGUAUAUUACAGGAUUUCUCCAUUUUCAUGCUGCAGUACAUUUAGGCUCUGAUCUAAGAAAAGCAGAGAGAAUGUUAUGUCAUUUGAUGUCAUCCCUUCCAGCUCUUAUUAUUGCUGAGAAAAUGGAAACUUGGCAAUUAAUACAAAUGGCUGCUAUUUGUAUGUUUGCUGUAGAGCAUGCUUUAGGUAAUUUAGAAUGGGAAAGAGGUAAACAAGAAAAUGAAUUAAUAAGUGGAGAUGAACAAAAAUCAGCUUCUUUAGUUAUGGAACUAUUAGCAAGUAUGGUUCAUUCAUUUCUCUUACCAAUUCAUGCAUCACUGGAUCCCAAAGAAACUUCAGAAUAUUAUUGUGUUCCAGCUGUUAAAGUUGUUAUUGAUUGGUUUCUUCAAGAUCCAAAACUGUUACAACAGGAAGGUUUUGUUAGAAGACCACAGAUUUGGCAUGGAUUCUGUAAAUUAUUGAAUGACUUGGAAAUUGCUGUGCCUGUUGCAUUCAAUCCAAAAAAAUAUGAAGAUAUACCUUUACCAGAAGAUUGGGACCUACAGUGUUUUUUGCCAAUGAAAAAAGCUCAUAAGAAUUUGAAAUUUCCAUCUCAAGCUGACUUUCCAGUAGGAAAAGAAAGUGAUUGGUUAAGAGCUGUUCGCUUAUGUGAAAGUGGUGAAUGGUUAGCUGAAAAUGGAAUUGGAAGCAAGAAAAUAUUAUCACUGGGAAAGACUACAAAUGGAGAACACAGACAUUUUACUGCAAUUCAACAGAUAGAAGCUCUUUCUGAAGAAGUUAUGCAACAAAUUCAAGAACUUACAGUAGCCAAUAAUUCUUCAUCUCAUAACAUUGGCAAUGAAUGUGAUGGAAAUGGGAAAUCAAUAGUUGAACAAGAUGGCUCUCUGAAUGAAUAUUCUUCACUAAGGAACUUAAAAAAUCAAUCUGAAGGAAACACUCCUGAAGUACGUUUCAAAUUAGAUGAAGAACAACAAAGAAAAGAUUUAUCAGAUCGAUGUGUUAUUAAUUCAGAAUUAGUUAAUGAAAAAACAGAUAGAAGAAAUACGAUGAAAGAAGUUUCAAUUAACAGCAUGAGAGAAAGAAGAGGAGGAAGACAAAAUGUUGCAAUGCAGGCGAUAUUACAGCAACGUGCUGCACAAAAUUCAACUAUAUCAAAUAGAAGAUCUGACAUGAUAAAAGAUCAUAAUGUGGCUCCUGUAUCUGUUCAGCAUGAUCCUCAGUCUUUUGAUUUGAGAAUGGUUGCAGCUUUGAGACAGUCUUCUAGAUCUCAACCUACUAGUACUCAUGUAGAUGGAGUGCCUGUCCUUGGACCACAAUUACUGAGAUCAGCUCAAGAUGGAAAUUGCUUAAAUUCUCCAUCUAUACAAGAAGGUUCUACUUCAGCCCAUCAUCACAUAUCCACUGAUAUAUAUAAUCAGAUACAACAACAAUCAGUAACUUCUAAAGUGACUCAUCAGAAUGAUCAUAGUGAAAAUAAUCCUUGGAUGCAAGCAUAUAAUGUGCAUCAGUAAGUAAAUAUUAAAAUAAUCAUAGUUUUGGAUUACUUUCUAAUAUAUUACUAUAAUUUUGUGUGGAUAGUCUGUAGUGGCAUAUACCUCACACAAAAUUAUUAGAAUGAAAAUAAAUCCUUUGCAUAAUUUACACCAUUGUACACCUUGUGCUUCCAGAGUUGUAAUUGUAAGCAUGACACCAGUAUGCAGUUUAGAAGAUACCAUCUCAAACAAUGAAAUAUUGAUUUUUUGUUUUAUUUCUGUUAGUAGUUUACUGUAGAUGUAAUUAUAAAAUAAGGAGAAAGAAACUCCUAAACUUUGUAUUGAAAAUAUGAAAUGGUACCAAAUGACAAAAGUUGCUAAUUGCGUCAUUUUAUUUCUGUUUUAUUUAUCACUAGCUAACCCAGUGCUUCGCCCGCACAGAUUUUGCAAUUUGAUAGAAAUAACCCUCUCUUGAAAAAUCAUCCCAGUGAUUCAUCACAUAAGCCACUAUUUCUGUGCAUACUUCUUUGGCCAUCACUUGAAUGUCAUAUAAAACAAAGGAUAUUACUCUAAAGAGGCAAGCUCCAUCAUGUAUAAUUGGAAUGAUGGUAUGGGGCAUCAUAACACCAUUUAUAUUCAGUUUUUCAACAACCAUAGUAAUUAUUUAAUUUAUAACAACGUUAUAUAACACAUACCCCUUAUUGCUGAGAAUCAUUUUACUGCUUCAAAGGAACAUUUUCAAUCUGAUCAAUUAUCUGGAACAUUUACAAUCAUUCUAUAAUCAAACCAAUAUACAAUAACAAAUUUGAAUUUAAAUUAAAACAGUUUGAACAUUUGGUUAAAAAAUCAUAAAACGUAAAUAUUGUAUGUUUGGAAAUUAAGUUAUCACCACGGAAACAAAAAAUUACAUCUAAAAUAGUACAAUAGAAGCCAUUCUUCAGGUUAAAGCCUUAAUUUUCUACCUCUCCCCUCGGGGGAAUUUUGAUAUAAAAGCAUGCACAUAUUUGAAUGCAACGUUGUGUCAAAAUUUCAAAGCAAUCUGUGAAGAACUUUUAGAAAUUUAAGAUUUUGAACAAACG